UGCUUAGACACAACUGCCUCUCCCAGUGGUCUCAGAACUCCCUAAGGUCAGAGCGGCGUCUCCUUCUAGGCUGUCUCCUCUCGGCCUCCCAUCCGGCAGGCUGCGUGCUCCCAAGAGCCGUGGGAGUGGGGGUCUCCUCACCCAGCCUGUUCCAUGUCUUUGCAUACCAGAGGGACAGACAAUCUGUGGCAGUCUGAGCCAGUAUUUACGGAGGGCCUGGGAGUCCUCACCCUUCAGGCGCUUGCAGGGCUGGGAAGGUGUGGCACCAGAGCAUAGGGAGUGGGUGUUCGAAUACAGGUCCAGGCAGGGUGCACUUAGCUGAGUAGAGCAGGGGAAGCUGCCCGAGGGGCGGGUUUCGGAUGGGAACUUGAAGAUGCCAGGGGUGCCUGAGGUGGGGGUGGAGCUCCCGAAGCAAAUAAAUGAAGGUGCAAACGCUGGGGCGCAUCUCCAGCAGAGUGGCCUCGGGAGGGGUGGCCGGGGUGGGCUGAGUGAGCGUAGGGGCCGGCCGGGCUCUAGUUGGGAAACUCAUCCCCUCUCCUGCGGCCGCUGUCCCCACCCUACCCCGGUCAGCCCGGCCCAGAAGCCGGAGCCUGCGCUUCCCGUCGUUCCGAAGUGCGAGAAGCGCGGCCGCAGCUCCGCGCCGAGGAGCCCCGGGAGUCCACUCCCGGGCCUCGGUCUCCCCAUCUGUGCGACGCCACAGGAAGUCCCGAGACGCCGCGUCUGCACGGCCGACCCUCUCACGCGCCCGCAACACGUGGGCCCGGCGGGCGGGGUGCGGGGCGCUCGGCGUUCCCCGAGCUGGGGUAGGCGGCUGCAGCCGGAGCUCCCGGAGCGCCCGAGGUCGCCGGCCCUCCCCCGGUCGGGGCGGGGCCGCUGCCCAGCCGCCCCUUUAUCUGCCGGCUCCGCCACCCAGGCCGCCGCGGCCCUCCCAGCUCAGCUUCGGCUCAGCUCCCUGCCCAGGCCCACAGCCAUGGCCAUGGCUAUGGCCCAGAAGCUCAGCCACCUCCUGCCCAGUCUGCGGCAGGUCAUCCAGGAGCCUCAGCCAUCUCUGCAACCAGAGCCUGUCUUCACAGUGAACCAGGCCGAAGUGCCGCCACUCUUCUGGAAGCCAUAUAUCUACGUGGGUUACCGGCCGCUGCAUCGGACCUGGCGCUUCUACUUCCGUACGCUGUUCCAGCAGCACAACGAGGCUGUGAAUGUCUGGACCCACCUGCUGGCGGCCCUGAUGCUGCUGUUUCGGCUGGUCCUCUUUGUGGGGACCGUGGACUUCUGGGGAGACCCACACGCCCUGCCCCUCUUCAUCAUUGUCCUCGCCUCUUUCACCUACCUCUCCUUCAGUGCCUUGGCUCACCUCCUGCAGGCCAAGUCCGAGUUCUGGCAUUACAGCUUCUUCUUCCUGGACUAUGUGGGGGUGGCCGUGUACCAGUUUGGCAGCGCCUUGGCACACUUCUACUAUGCUAUCGAGCCCGCCUGGCAUGCCCGGGUACAGGCUGUUUUUCUGCCCAUGGCUGCCUUUCUCGCCUGGCUUUCCUGCACUGGCUCCUGCUAUAACAAGUACAUCCAGAAACCAGGCCUGCUGGGCCGCAUAUACCAGGAGGUGCCCUCAGUCCUGGCCUACGCACUGGACAUCAGUCCUGUGGUGCAUCGUAUCUUGGUGUCCUCCGACCCUGCCACGGAUGACCCAGCUCUUCUCUACCACAAGUGCCAGGUGGUCUUCUUUCUGCUGGCUGCUGCUUUCUUCUCUACCUUCAUGCCCGAGCGCUGGUUCCCUGGCAGCUGCCAUGUCUUUGGGCAGGGCCACCAACUUUUCCACAUCUUCUUGGUACUGUGCACGUUGGCUCAGCUGGAGGCUGUGGCACUGGACUAUCAGGCCCGACGGCCCAUCUAUGAGCCUCUGCACAUGCACUGGCCUCACAACUUCUGUGGCCUCUUUCUGCUCACGGUGGGCAGCAGUGUCCUCACCGCAUUCCUCCUGAGCCAGCUGGUACAGCGCAAACUUGAUCAGAAGACCAAGUGAAGGGGGGUGGCAUCUGGUAGGGGGGGAGGUAGAGUGGGGGUACAGGGGUCUGCACUUGGCUCCAGGUGGAAACAAGUCCUGGUAAAGUUGUUUGUGUCUAGCGCACGGUGACUCUAUGCAUGACUCAAUUGCCAAGGGUGUCACUGACCAAUUCUUGGAUUUAGGGAUUGGCUGGGAGCUGCUAGUGUCCACUCCUGGGCCUGCCCAGCUCCUUGUCCUGGGAGAAGGGAAGAGUUAAAAGUGUGGGCCACUCCAGGUUGCCCCUCCACUGCCACUCACUCAGAUUACUUAGUGAGGAUUGGGGCUUCUAGAUUGUCUGGGCAGGAGGUAAAACUUAGGCCAGAGUCAGAUUUGAGCUGAGGCAGGGGAGGCCUUGGCAACCCACCUCUACUCAGAUUUCAUUGCUGGAUGCAGACGGGGCAGGCCCAAAAUAGAUGCAGGAUCUUACUGCCCCUUGAAGCCCAGCUACAGGUGUUGGAGCUGCAGAGAGACCCCAAGGUAGUAGAUUGUGCCAGAUACAAAUGGGUCCCUCCAGUGCUUAUACCCCUUCAGUCACCAUCCCAGACAGUGAGUCCCAGAUCUUCUAACUCUGGCUUCUGUGUCCUACACAGCCUGUUCCCAGCUUCUCUCCUAGUUCCAUUUAUCCAUUUGGUGUUUCCUGGGCCUCUGCUUAGAGGCAGGUGACUGCUGGACCAUGUGGAUCAAUGCAAGAUGACAAAGCCUUUUUUUUUUUUUUUUUUUUGAGAUGGAAUUUCCCUCUUGUUGCACAGGCUGGAGUGCAAUGGUGCAAUCUCGGCUCACAGAAUUUCCACCUUCUAGGUUCAAGUGAUUCUCCCCCCUGAGUCUCCUGAGUAGCUGGGAUUACAGGCAUGCGUCACCACCCCCAGCUAAUUUUUUGUAUUUUUAGUAGAGAUGGGCUUUCUCCAUGUUGGUCAGGCUGGUCUCAGACUCCUGACCUCAGGUGAUCUGACUGCCUAGGCCUCUCAAAGUGCUGGGAUUACAGGCGUGAGCCACCGCACCCGGCAGACAAAGGCUUUGAUAUCAGAAUGAACUGUCAAGGGAAGCGCUGAGGAAGAAUAACCAGACCUCAGGGUCUUGGGUUGGGGAGUGCGAAUAGGAGUUUGCAGAUGGAGAACAGGAGGGCAUUCCAGGCAGAGGGAGACCUGUGCAGAGACCCAGAGGUGUGGAAGGAAAAGUGGGGCUGGGGCUUAGGUGGUCUGGAUUAUGGCCUAGAUGCAAUAAAGUGACUGUGACAGUAGC